AUGAGAAAAAAUCCUCGGCGGACGGGCCGCGUAUUCCCGUCUGCGUCGUCGUCGUUUUCGUGGCCACGGUGGUUCGCGGUCGUGGCGGCCGUCGUCGCGGUGGCCGCCGCGGCGACGGCCGCCCCCGACACGACCGGUGACGACGGCGGCGUCCUGGACGGCGUGUUCACGUUCAAAGCACUGCAGCUGUACAACGCCGUGACCAGCUACUUAGAAUACUUUUAUGACACCGUCAUAGCGCCGAUUACAGGUAAAUAUUCCCUUUUCUUAUACUCUACUCUCGUACCUAUAUGGGUAAUGUACUCUCGUCAUUCAUUUUAGAUUCUUAGCGGAGGGAGGAAUGUAUUGGUUUUAAGAUAAUGUUGUUUUUUUUUUUUUUGUAUAACUUUUCUGCCAGCAAUUUUGUUCCGAUUUUUAAUUAUAGCGCUUUUCUGAAAGAAAAUCGGGCUCGGGAGGUACUUUAAGGAGGUCAAUUUUUUGAUUUUUCCAGAAGUUUUCCCACAGAAUAAAAAAACCGGGAAAAUAGGUAAAAUAUUAAACAAAUAUUAUAAAAGAAAAUAUACAAUGCAUAAUAUGUAAUUAUUUUACCAUAAUGUUAUGACUUAUAUAUUGUUGAUAAAGCAACACUAUCAAAUGAACUCCACUCAGAAUAGUGUUUUCGUUAGCAAUAAUUAAUCUUUGCUUACAGAUUACAUUAAUUUAUCUAUAACAGUGAUGGCUAGCACUCGUCCCCAUUAUCAUAAGACACCUAUUUUUGAUUUCAUGUUACGCAUAAAUGACAUGUGAUGCUUUUUUUUCUUGUUCACCAGCGAUCAAGAUUGAUCUAUCUAUUGUUUUAAACUUCGAGAAGUAUUUCUACACCUCGAAUGCAACAAAAAAAUAUAACCAUUAUUGAAUUCUCAAUAAUAAAGGAGAUAUUUCGACUUUUGUGUUUUUUCGGUUGAACACGAGUUUAAUUCAUAAUAACGUGCAUAUAUACUAAACCAUUGGUUCCACAACAAAUUUGAAUACACUGCUGAAAAGUUUAUUAAUUUAGCUUUAAGAACACAUAUCAUAAAAGGUUCCUACCUAAUUUUUUGGGUGAAAGGAAUAACACAAAUCUUUUAUUAAUUAAAAAUGACGAAGUUUUAAAAAAAUUCAAUUUUGUCUUAAAAAAAUUCCUUUUAAGGUAGGGGGGUGCAAAUUUCACAAAAACUUCAAAGUAUAAUAAGCUUUUUCUGAAGGCCUUGGAAGCCAUGGACUUGUGCCUACUCUACCGUUCCAAGAAGUGAAUGUUUCGUGACUGCUCUAGAGAAAUGUGGUGGACAAGAGUGGAAAAGAGUAGCGACAGAAGGACUAACUGGGAGAGAAGUGAGAAAGCACGCGCUUAUUUGUGGCAAAAUGGUGGACACUUUGAACAGCUUUUGCAAUAAAUAUAUGUGGACAAACUUAUUUUAAAUUUCAUAAAAAAUUUUUUUUAAGUUGUGUACUUGUUUUUCAUCUUCUUUUAUUAAAUAUGAACUUGUACGCGUUAACGAAAAAAAUGAGUACACCGUUAAAAGCUUAUUAAAUUUUGAAGUUGUUGUGGAAUUUGCACCUCCCUACCUUGAAAGGGAUUUUUUUAAGACGAAAUUUAAUUUUUUUAAAACUUCAACAUUUUUAGUUAAUAAAAGAUUUGUGUUAUUCCUUUUAACCAAAAUUUAAGGUAGGAAACUUUUAUGAUAUAUUUUCUUAAAGCUAAUUUAAUGAACUUUUCAGCAGUGUAUUCGAAUUUGUUGUAGAAUCAAUGGUUUAAUAGAUAUGAACGUUAUUAUGAGUUAAAUUUGUGUUCAACCGAAAAAACAUAAAAGUCGAAGUUUCUCCCUUAUUAUUGAGAAAUCAAUAAUGGUUAUGAGCAUUUUUAUUAUUGCAUUUGAGGUGUAGAAAUACCUUUUAAAGUUUGACACAAUUAUCGUGCAACACCUUCGUAUUAAAUUCAGUGCCGUGCUUAACAAAAUCAGCGCUCGGACCGAUAAUCAAUAAAACUAAAAAGCUCAUCAAAAUCUUCAUACUAAAAUAUACGCUAAACCUGUCAGUGGGCAUUCACUCAAACUCUUAUUGUAAACAUUUUCAAUUGCAGGAUUAUUAAAAUUUACUUUGGCACUCCACUGGUCUCUGUUUGGCGCCACCGAGGUUUUAAUGCCCGUUGCAUUUGUACCUCUCACACCCACUAAAGGGAGACUCCCUCCCCUGUAAUUACAAUGAUAACCAUAAAACUAAUAUACAUUUACCUCGAAAAAUGUAACCAUCUAUAUACGUCAGGGUCUAUCAGAAAGGUUUACAUAAAACACAAAUAAUGAUAUGCCUUCGUUUAAAAACAGUAUAUAAAUGUAAAUUUUUAAAUUUUACAUUUCUAGGAUCCGAACGAAGUGUAAAAUAUAUUGGUUUUACUGCGAUAUAAAUAUUCAUUUUUUUUUUUUCGUAUUAACUUUUCUAUCAAUAAUUUUGCUCUAAACCAGAUUUAAACCUUCUUAAUGUACCUUCUAUUUUCUUAUCGCAAAUUGUAUUUAAUUAGUGUGUUGAAAUCAUUUCUUGAUUUCAUCUUAUUUUAAUAGUUAGGAAAAACCACGAACAUUUAAGUAAUAAUUGUCGUGGGUUGAUUUUUUUGACCGGCGUAAAUUACUUACUCCAAUAAAAACAAGGUGCUUUUUUGGACCAUUUGUUAAAAUUUAUCGUAUUUUUCAUGACAAUGAAGAAACUCCAAAGAAAAAACUUCGGGACGAUUGACACAACGCUAGUUUUUAUCAAAAUAAGAAAUUAUUUUAAAAACCUAUAUGAUAUGUAUUCUAUGGAUAAAAUUGUUAGAUUAAACUAAAAAUAAAAAGUUUAAUAUAGUAUUUUUUUAUUUUUUUUUUAAUCAAAUGUUGACGUAAAUCAUAAAUAUUACGAUCUUUAAAAACAUUUAUAACCGAACUUCACUUCGAUGGUAAAAUAAUUGAAUAGGCGUAAUAUUUUAUCUUUUAUAAUACAUAUUUAAUUUAUCAAUUUUCCAGCUUUCUUACGUUUUUCCCGUUAUUCCUCCGUUUUUUUCCGGGUUUUCACAUUUGAUGAGAAAUUUUUUAAGAAAAUCGAAAAAUGAUCUCCUUAAAAUACCUCUCCUUUUAGAAAAAGUAAUACACGUAUAUAUCGGAGAAAGUCCUCUGGUAGAAGAGUUGUCUACAAAACAAAUAAAAAUAAUAAUAAUAAACAUCUUUAUAAAACCAUAAGCUUCUUCGCUCCACUUAGAAUCUAAAACUUCGUAGUUAAUGGUUUUUAGGUAUUUAUUUUCUUUUGUGUAAAACAAUCCGUAGAUAUAGAAAUGGUAAAAAGGCAAGGAUGAGGAGGAUACUCCCACCAUUACUGCAAAGGAUAAUAACUACACGAUUCCUAUGAAUCAAGGGGUAAUUCAUAGGCGUGUCUACGGUGGCAGCCUAGGCUGCCAUUGCAAUUUUUAAAAGGUACCGGUCAACCAAAUUUUAUGUCUAUUGGCUUACAAAUUUUAUUGAAAAAAAAAUUUCUUAUGCAUUGUUUAUAACAAAAUACUAUUUUCUAUAAGUCUAUCAUUUUUGUUAUUCUAUAUUCUAACACAUCAUAUAUUUUGUUAAUUACUGAACUAUAUGGAGGUGUAAUCCAGGCCUGAAUAAUAUGUGUGUAGUUAGAUUUAAAGGUACUGAAAAUAUUUUACAUUAUUAAUUGUAAAUAGAUAAUACAGACUUUUUUAAGUUAUAUACAUAUUUAAUUGAGGGGGCUAACCUUCCCUACCCGGUCAUUAGCUAGACUGCGGCUGCGGAUGAAGUCUAGUCACAUCUAUGGGGGGUAUCUAAUCUCCAUAAACGGCUAUCUUUAGUAUUUAAAGUAGAAUAACUGAGAAACUUUUCGUACAAAUUUCGAUUAAAAUACGUCAAUGUUUUCAGAAAAAUUAUCUGAAUGACAGUUUGCGAAAAUAUCGUCGUUCACUACGCUUGAAAUUUCUAAAAUUUAAAUUUAAAUUAAAGCAUAUUUUAACCAUAUUGUAUAACCUCUAUUGUAUUAUAGUACAUCUUCAUAGUUAUAAAAAAAUUAUGUAAAUAAUAAUAGUUUUUACAAAUUAUCGUAACUAUAUUAAAAUUAUAAAAAAAAAUGAAAUACAUAAUAAGAUCAUCGUUCAAAUAGAAUUAUACAUUUUGCACUUUAAAAACUGUAAUAAAAUGUUCGUAUCUUUCAAAAAAUAUUCUGUUUCACUAAUUAUUAUAAAUUGAAAAAUGUCACUUAAAUAGAUGUUAAUAUAUUUUGACAUCGAUUAUGUUCAUUUUUCAUCCGAUAGCAAUAAUUUUAACGUUAUUACUUUUUUAGAAUAUUUAUGUUACUCGUUAUAACUUUUUAAUUAUUUGAAUAUUUAUAACGUUAAUUUUCUGCAGCAAUCAACAAAUAACCGUAGUCGAGUCGUAGAAGAUACAAACUAAACAUAAUUUUAGAUGAUAAGCGUAGCGCGAAGAAGCUAUUAAUUUUACUGAGAUCUGUUUUUCUCCCCGGAAAAAUAUUUUACUGGUUAAUAAAAAUAAUCCAAAUUAUUAUCAUCGUACCUUAAACAUAUGGAUUUUUCGUCCAAUGAUAAUUACUUAAAUUGAAAAAAUGUGCUAUAGAUUCUCAAAAAUUGUUACUAAACUAACGACAAAUGACGAUAAUUUGGUUUCAUUUUUGUUAAUUUUCUGAGUUUUGACUACAAAAGAAAAAAAUGACUUAUAGUAUAUUAUAAUAGCACGUAAAGUAUUAUAAUAUCUGUAAACGGUUAUCAGUGUUAAUCGAAUUUCGUUCCGGUUUGUUUUUUCAUUUCAAAGAUUUAUCGUUGAUUUCAGACUUCAGUAUAUAAACUAAAUAACCAUAUACUCGUAAAUCCAAUUCCUUCCAAAUUUCCCUCCCUCCCCCCCCCCCCCAAAAAAAAAAUUAGUCUAAUAGUCGUUUCAUACCAAAAAAUAAUAAAAUAAUAGUAGAAUGUAACAUUUUAGAAAUACUAGUUUCUUAAAUUAAAAACUUGAAAUAAAUAGCGAGCUAAAUGCCAAUUGAUUUUUGUCAGUUGAUUUUGAAUUAUUCCCAUUAUAACCAAAUCUAACACAACCUAACCAGUACCCCGGCACAUAGCUCUGACGCCAUUUUGUUGGACCUUGUGUACACUACUAUUGCAUAGUCAUGACACAUACAGCUCUUUAUAGGUUGAUUAUGGUACAUAACUCAGUUUUUUAUUAAAUCAAUUUUUUUGUCGGCACUUAACACGUUAUUGAUAUCAAGUCUUCAAUUAUAAAAAAAAAAAAAAAUGUAAAAAUUAAUAAUUUCCAAGAUAUCACAAUGGUCACAUCUUCGUGGGAUAUCCUGCAUAUUAUCUUAUACAAUAGAGAUGCAUAAAAUUAAUAUAUAAGAUUUUAAAUCUUGAUUAUGUCAUUUAAGUUUUCUAUGUAUAAUGUAUUUAUCAUAUCGUUAAUCACGGUAUUACGCGAACAUCAAUAUAUACAUUAUACUUACUGUCACCUUAAAAAUCAAUCUUUUAUUUGUUUAGAUUUUACUCUAGUUUGUCCAUAUUAUUAUUGAAAUAUUAUGUAAAAUUUGAGACAAAAUGAACAACAAAAUUAUAAUAUUUAUGACGUUUAAAAUAAUAAUUCACCCACGUUCCAGAGUUAAGAAAAAAUAAAAUAGACACCAUGAAAAUAGAAAACAUUUACAUACUUACUUUUAUUUUUAUUAUCAUAUAUAUUAUUUUGUUUUUUUGUGUAUAAACGUUUAGGAAUCUAUUAUAUUUUAUAUUCAUUUUAUUUUAUUAUUAUGGAUGAAUUUAUUGACCAUGACGUGUAUUUAAAAUAAUAUUAUGCAAUUAUGUUAUAUGUUAUGUGUAGUAUGUAUAUACAAUGUAUACACAAUACACAGUUCAUUAAAUAUAUAUUUGAAUAUGAAUCCGAAAUUGCUACUAAUGUUUAUAUGGUAUAAUAUAGUUUCUUGUAUUCGAAUAUAAUUAUAUGUCAUCUUGUUGACGUAAUUAUUAUUUGUAUUAAAAACUGUCCAAUAACCUACUACCCAAAGUUGACCUGCAAUAACUAUGCAUAAUUAAAAGGUUAUAAGUUACUUUUUGUAUACAUUUUAAUCUACCUAGUUUUACAAAAAAAAAAAAAAAACGGUAAGAAAUAUCUAAGUUAUUUCUUUUAACAAAUAUUUUUAACUUGAAUUAUUUUAUUAUUUUGUUAAAAAUGUAAAAUCUACAUUGUUCCUUGACUAUAUCUAUUUUUACGGAUAUUACGUAUUUUUACGUAAAUAUCAAUAUCAACCUUCAUGAUAUGCAGGAGCAGGGAUAUGGUAAACACACGUCCCACACUAGUCUUGUAUGAUACAGAUCUAAAUAAUAGAAUACAAAAUACAUUAAUUAUGAGUGUAGUAAAUGAUAAUUUUACUAAAGUGAAUGUUAACUUUUAACUUAAUAUAUUAUUAUUUUCCUGAAAAUGUAUUACUUAACUUAGUUAUUCAUGUUUAUUUUAAAAUUAACUUAGCUUAGUUAUUAUUUCUAUUUUGGGGGUACUCAACUUAAACUAUAUGUAGUUAACAAAUUGGAUAACUUACUUAGAUUUACAGUAAGUUUUACUUAUAACUUAUAAGUAAUAAGUAUAAAAUUAUUAUUUAUUUUUACCAUAAUAUGGUUGUUGUGUUUUGCGUAAUCGUGUUUAUCAUAGUUAUAUGUCCAACGUAUCUCAUAAAUUGUAAUAUUGUUGUAGGAGUAUACCAAACUUGCAAAUUUAAAAAAUACAGGUAUAUAUAUAUAUAUAUAUAUAUAUAUAUAUACAUUUUUUUAAUGUAUUAUUAUCAUCAUUUUUCUAUGGUAAUUUUUAAACUUAACUUAGUUACUGAUACGAAAUAAAAAUAAAAGCUGAUACUGCUAAUAAGUUUCUCAUUGGUUCGCUACUGUUACAAGUGGAAAGUUGAGAAGCUAAAAUAUAUAAAUUUAUUUAAUUUAUAUCUGUAAGCAACGAGAAACUAUUGUUAAGGAGACUCGAUUUUAGUCGAAGUUCGUUUAUACAUGAUUUUUAAGGCCAUAAUAUUUACGUUUUUAUUAAAAAUUUUAUCUUAAAACAAUUAUAAAAAAACUUAAAAUUACAGUCUAACUUAUUUUUUUCUAUGAAGUAACUAGGGUGGUUACCCUAGUCAAAUUUUCUUUCAGAAUAAGUGCUACACUUAAAUAUCCGAAAAAAAUAUCAGGUAGAAAAGUUGUUAACAGAAAAAAUAAAAAUAAAAUCAUUGUAAAACCAAUAAAUUCCUCACUCAGAAUCUAAAAACUACACAUCAUAAUAAAAUCAAUAGAUCCCUUCGCUACGCUCCAAAUCUCUAAGAAAGUAACAGUAACUUAUGCUCAGUUAACUAAAAUUAUUGUUAAGGUUUGCGACCAAACCAACCCAACAAUCAUAUUAUAAUGUAAAAUAAUCCGAGAGUAAAAACGCGUAGAAAAAUUGCGUUUUACGUUUUCAUAUUCAAAAACUUUUUGAUAUUUUUCGUCUUACGUUUUCGUGUUAAAAACCGUUUCAAUUUUUCUCGUGUCCAACAACAUUUUAGAUUUUCUUUGUGUACAAAAUCAAUGUCUUUUUUUUUCGUUUAGUAGUUUAGAUGUUUUAGAUAUUUCAAUAUAUUAAUCAAUAAUUGAAUAAAAUACAAAUUGUAUGUACAAUAUAACUCCUAAAAAUUUUAUUUUACCUACAAUGUUUCUUAGAUGUAAAUUUUUACUUCUAAUAAAUAUUUAAUAUAAUUAUAUAAAAUAAUGUAUAUAUUUUAUAAGUCAGAAGAAAGGUAAAUUAAAUUUGAAUUAAUAAUUCGAGGUGAAUAAACAUUGUUUUAGAAGUAGCUAAUAAUGGUUACUUGUAAUUUAAUACAAAUGUAUGUGUGUGUCACUGUAUACAGGGUGGAAUAUAGCGCGAGACAAUAUUUUAAAAUUUUAAAAUAUUACUAGCUGUCCCACUCGCCGUUGACCAUACUAAUUUUUUUUACCUAACCCAUACUCCUUUUUAGUUUUGACCGUAUCAGUAUUGAAUGAGGAUAAAUUGCUGGAAAGUGGGAAGUCCACCUUCAGCGAACUAAAAGUGUUCUAUUGUGAAAUAUUUUUCAUGAUUAUCAUACCAUAAAUAUCUUAAAACCAAAUUGUACAGAGAAAAAGAUUUCAACGGUGGAGACGUGUGGGAAAGUGCGUGUACUGUAUUAUAAUCGUUGCUCAUAGACCUUUAUUUUUAUUUAUCAUCAAUUCGCUAUUGUUAUGCAAACAUGUGAUGGCAGAACUGGACUUCAAUUAUAGAAUUAUUUUUAUUGAUUUACGGGUUACUUAGUGAUACGAAUGAAUUUAAAGAAAGUAUUGAGGUUUUCAAACAAAAUUCCGUCCAAAUUUACAACUUUUCCUACGGAAAAAUCCGUAGGAAAAUUUCCUAAAACUGUUAUUUUUAUUUGGAUACUUUGGAUACUUGAACCUUUACUUUAGAUUUUCUAUCAGAUCGACACUUCAAUUUUAAGACAAUUUACACAGACUAUCUCACCAUUUAAUUAUUUUUUUUGUUUUUAAUUUCAUCUGUAUCAACAAAGUAACCCAUAAAUCAACAAAAAUAAUUUGAUCACUGUACUAAAAAUAUCAACAACCCUGUGUUAGCCACCUUUGCAACGCCACCUAUCAGGUCCAAAUUGUAAAUCUAAAACCACCUAGUGACCUAUUCCAACACAUUCAAAAGAUUUCAUCAAAAUCAGUCUAACAGUUUAGGAGGAAUUCAGUGACGUACAAACAAGAAUAACAGGAAUUCCAUGUCAUGAGUUAAAAUAACAUAAUAUGAGACAGAUUAUUAGGUAAUGAUGAAUAAUGAUAAAAUAGUAUUUUUAUAAUCAUAAAAUUCCUCUUAGUUUCACAUUUUCACAUAAAAUACGUUUUUAUUUUUUUCGUUAAGCGUUUUAAUGUUCGAAAACAUUUUCGAUUUUUUUUAUGUUACACGUUUUUGUAAAACGUUUCCGAAAACUUAAGUAGUAAAAACGUGUUUGAAAAUAAUUGUGUUUUUCGUUUUUCAUGUCCAAAAUAAAGUUUAAAUUUAAUUUUUUCGUUCUGCAAUUUUCGAGUCCAAAAACGUUUUCGUUUACGUACGGUAAAAAUAAAAAUAACCUGUUAGGGGGUUAUAAUAGAACUAAUUUAUAUUUUUUUUGUCAUAACUUAAGACAUUUAACAUGGAUAAUGGUUAUCCACGGGAUAUCUAUUGAGUACGGCUGUAUAUAGAUAUUAACUACAUACUUCAAUAAUUUAAAUUUGAAAAAAAAAAUUAGAUCAUUAAAUUAAAAAUAAAAAUAAAAAUAGAAGUACAGAGAUAGGGUGCUGGGUCUUUGUUCGUCUAUCUCAGAAUAAGAUAGUUAUGAACAGGUAUAUUAUAAUAUACUAUUUUAAAUUGAAACGAGAGAAUCAUUGCAAUAAAAAACCAUUUCCAAGUGGAGUAUCUGUAUACUCAUACAAUAAUAUUAUUUUUGAUAACAUAAAAUCGAAAAAGAAGACUGAAAUACUUCGUAUUUUUUUACUGUAUCCACAAAAAGUUAAUGGUAAAAUAAAAACAAAAACUCGACAAUUUCAAAUAUCUAUAAAUAACUAAAAAACCAUUCGAAUAUUUUUUAAAUUUAUCUAUGUCUAUCUAUGUUUAGAUAAAGCUAACAUAUUCAUCAAAAUUACACGUGUUUACGAUUAUUUUGAACUAAAUUAAAAGAAAAUUAAAAAUAACAAAACCAUAACUGCAUACAUUUUCUCGGUUUUCCGAAAUUGUUUCCCAGUUAUUAAGGAAACUGUAAGGAAAAUGACCAACUCAAUGGACCAACUAAACAUAAUUCAUUACCAGAAACCACAUUAGAGUUGACGAUAAAAGCGUGAUUUCUGAUAUAAAAUUUCUUAAGACAUAAUAAAAAGCAAGCGUCAUAGAAAAGCCAAUAUAUUCCUUACAUGCACGCUCGGAAUCUAAAAUGAAAAACUCGUAAGUUUUAAGUAGCUAAGUAUAAAUAGUUAAAAAGACAGAGAGAAAAAGAAAGCACACAUUAUUGUAAAAUCAAUACAUUCUCGCUAUAAAAUAUAAAUUUUUUUAUUACAUACUUAAAUUGUAAAAAUAAAUCAUUUUAUUGGCAAUAGUUAUUCUAUGCACUUGAGUUUUUUUUUAGUUUACCUACAUAAUACUUUACCCGUCAAUAUUUGUUACAGUUUCAAUUAUAUGUCUAUUGACUAAAUUAUAAUAUCAACUUUUGUACAUUUAAUUAGUUUAUGACAUUAACUGUACAUCAAUUUAUUUUAUUAUUAUUGUCAAUUCAAUUCAGAAAUCAACUUCCAACAAUUUCGGUCGAAACGAAAAAGUAUUUCUCGGUCCAUAUAGUGUAUAAAUGCUUCGCUAAUAACACUUUGAAAUAUUAUAAUAUUUUAUAACACACCUAAAAAAAAAUAAACGAUAAAUUUUAACUCUUAUUUGUGUAAAAUGUACUUUACUUUUUAUGCAUUUUAGUCGUGCUACUUUUUACAUAAUGUAUAUUAGGCGUAUACCUAUUGAUAUCAUUCGAAAAAUAAUUUUAUACCACAGGGACAUAAAUUAUUUGCUUUACUGGGUCGUAUAAUAAUUUAUAAUAACCAAGGCGGUGUGUAUUAUGUUCAUGAGGUAUAGAAUUAUGUUCAAUUUCCUCUUUAUAUACGUAUAUAAACGUGUACAAUAUAUUAUAAGACGUAUAAUGUGAAUAUGCGAAUUUUAACAUGAAAAUAUUAAAUGAUAUAUAUCUACUUAACUAAAUAUAUCGGUCUAUUUGUACGAACUAGGUGUAUCUAACGUAAAUAGAUUUUAAUUAUGUAGGUACCAAAAAAAAAAAAAAAAACUAUUAAUAUUAUAAUAUUUUUAACAAAUUAAUUUUGUUAACACGCAAUCAUUAGGUCCAAACAAAACUUUAGGUAUCUUAGAGUAGUCGCUUACUGUUCUAACUUAUCUGUUUUAUCUGUUGAAAUUCUUAUAAUAAUGUGUUCGUGCAAAAGGACUCAAGUGAAAAAUCUUUUACAAUAAUAACAAUAUUGAUUUGAACCCUUUCUCACGAACUAAAUUUAAUUAGGUAUAAUGAAUUAUGACAAAACGCAUAUAUGAAUAACUCGAUAACGAUCCUACAUUUGUUCAAACUAAUGAUACUAGUUGAUGCGUCAAAAAAUUGCAUUCGAAACAUUAAUAUGAAAUUUAAAAAAAUUCAACAUGAGCCCUUUGCACAAACACCGUCCUAUUAUAUCAUUAAUUUUCAUAAAGUUUACUGUAUAUAUAUUAAGAAAAUUUGAUACUUUCUUAAACAAUUUGAAUAGAUUAAUUAACUCAAAAAAAUGCUAAAAAGGUUUGCACGAAUAGUGGAUUACAAGUCAUAUGAAUGGCAUCAGGAAAAUUCUCCAUAGCUAUUUUAAACUAUAGUUAAUAAUAAUAAUAAUAAUUAAUCUAAUUAUCAUUGUGGCAGGCGGUGCCCCGAGCAGUAAACCGAAACCCAGUCGAGUGUCGUACAAAAAAUUUCAACUUCUCAGGGUAUUGCCAUCUGACGAGGACGACGUAGUCGAUUUAGAAGCGUUAUCCGAAGAGCCGGGAGUGCAAGUAUGGAUGCCUAUACGGUUGAAUAAAACGGCGGAUCUCUUAUUACCACCCAGUGUCGCCAGAGACGUCAAACGAUUUCUGACCCAACGGGAGAUCGACUUCGUCAUACUCAGUUCUGAUCUAGAAGUACGCGUUUAAAUUCUAAUAAUUCAAUUACACCUUAAACCAUUUGAGUUAAAAUACGACUUUGUAAACAUAAUUAUUAAUUUAACACGAUAAUUAACACGGUUGAAUAUACAUUUUUAUUGUUAUUACCCGCAGAGAAGUAUCAGUAAACAAAAUCCUAGGUCGCCGUCUCCAAGUCAAAAAUCAGAAUUAAAAGCGACCAAAGGUCAUUUGAUGACGUGGAAUAGAUACCACCGAUACCAAGGUAGUAUAAUAAUAUAUUAUAACACAACCCAUCCCCGGCUAUUAUAUUACUACAGUACUAUUUCCGUAGUAUUGUAAUUCAGUUUACACGAAUUCGUUACAUGUUACAUUAAUACAAAUAAUACAAUUUAUUAUUAAUAGUACUAUUAUAAGUACCUAUUAUAAAAUAUAUUGUCUUAUAUUAUAUGAAUUUUAGAAAGGGGACAUGUCAAAUUUCUGACAAAUAUGAGUUAUUACUGGACUUUUGUGUAAAAAUGAGACUCGUCCAUCAAACCGUUAUGGAAAUAUCAACAAUAGUUCAAAUUCAUCGCUCGUUGGUGAUGGACGUCUUUUCAUGUUACUCUCCAAUUGUUCUAUUUUUCCUCAGCUGUUGUUGCCAGUUUUUUGUGUUUUUUUUCUUAUAACAUAGAUAAAAAAAAUGCGCGCGCAGGCUGGUGUCAAUUUUGAGUCAGCCUGUCCAAUUCAACUUCUAUAGGGGAGGUUUUAUGUAUCAAGUUUUUAUACAACUGCCGAAUUAAGUAUGAUUUUUAGUAUUAUUAUCUGCUGAUAUAAGUCUUUCCAAUCGACAAUUACGUUAUCUGUUCUAUUCACGGAGGUACCAAGGUUUGCAGCGGCCGAAACCUAUUUGCGUGCAGGUGCACAACAACACAUCACAGAGUGUUCCUUCAUAUUUAGUACGUAGUACAUACACUACUAUAGAGUGAGUUAUCAGCCAACCGAUAUUCUUUGUUAUCCAGCCGCAAUAUGACUUCUCCAUAAAACCUUAAAGUUGGCAUUCUACUCCUCUACUGAACCUCGUACUAUAAUAACUAUACUAACUCGUAAUACCACUAAAACCAACAAAAAUAAUAACCCUCCCUAUGAUCUUAUGGCAACUCUCCUAUCCAUUCGGACAGAAUUCCAUAAAAUCUCUUUAAAAUCUUAGCGUUCUACUCUUCAAUCUCAAUUUAAAUAUUUGUAAAACGAUCUCAAACUUCUUUCUACUUCAGUGACUGACCUCAAAGUCAAAAAUACUAAGUUGCGUAAAGAGGUAGAUUUGCUCAAAAAUAAAGUAGCGUCUUUUAAAUCCUCUGGAUCUCUAUCGCUUCCCCCUUUAGCUGCCUCUCAGGUAUUGCAAGAAACUUUCGAAAUAGAAAAGUGUGCAGCUAAUGUCCUAGUCUAUGGACUGUCUAAAUCUUUAGCUCCAUCUUCUUCUCAGCACAUUAAUGUUGAUAGAAGAACUCUUCAAGCCAUUAUUAGCCCACUUAAAAGUAAUGCCUUUAUAAAUGAUUGUAAACUUAUCCGUUUGGGUAAACCCCAACCUGAUAAAACUAGGCCUUUGAAAAUCAUAUUUUCCUCUAAACUACUGCAGCUAGACUCAUUUCUAAGUUUGACGAACCUAGGCUGGAUUGCACUUCUCGUGUCAGCGAUUUACGUAUUGUAAGAGACAAAACUACUCUCGAGCGUAGUUUACUUCGAUCCCGUCAUUUAGAACUCGAUCGUAGGACACUAGAUGAAGAAGUCAGGUUGCAGAUACGGUACAUUGGUGGUAUACCAAAAGUACUUGUGAGCCGUUUAAAAAACAGGGACUCUCGUCCACGUUCCCUGAAAAACAAGCCCUAGUCACACUUUCUGAAAUCCUACCACAAUCACCUCAGUCCAUUUAUCCUAAUCCGUUUAAGUUUUCAAGUCAACACGUUCAAACUAAUAAUAAUUUUGACUGUAUUCUUUAGGUACGUUCUCGUGAAGCACAUAAUGAUUUUUUACAUUUUAUAAAUAACCAUUAUAAUGCAACUAAAACGGCUAAUCUUAAUAAUUAUCUUAAUAUAAAUUUAAAAUUUUUUUAUCGAAAUGUUCGAAGUCUUAAAAUGAAACUUACCACAGUUAGAUCUUCCUUCCCGCUUUUCAUCCCUUAUUAUACAAUAAUUUUUACCAAAAUAUGGCUCUCCUCAGACAUCGCUGAUUCAGAAUUAGGUUUUGAUAGCUUUCAGAUUUUUCAUCAAUAUAGAAACUUCUCAACCCUUUCAAAAUAUUUUUCUUCUGUUUAUUACCCACCUACAAAUCAUUCACUUCCUAACGCCUCUACAAAUAACAACGUCACUUUUAAUCUUCCAUCUAACAUUCAUUUCUCCCCAGAAGACGUUUUACAGGGCACUUUUUAAAUUAAAGAAUUGUACAUCCUGUAAGCCUGAUGAAAUUUCGGCUAUUCUACUGUACGAAUGUCUUAUUUCCCUGGCGUUCCUAAUUUUCCCACAUUUAGACACUCUAUUGAUGAGGGAAUUUUCCCGGAUUACUAGAAAAUUUGUUCAUUGACUCGCAUUCAUAAGUCGGUUGAUCCAACUAAUGUUGACAACUACAGACCUAUCUCUAUUCUACCGCAUCUUUCCAAAAUUUUUGAAUCUAUUGUUUAUUCUUGUAUAAAGAGAAGCCUUAAUCACAUAAUAACCGACCAGUAACACGGCUUUCGGCCUGACAAAUCCACACCUACCAGUAGUGUUGUUUUCACUUCUUACAAAUUAAAUAGCUUUAGGGAUAAAUACCAAAUAGAUGUAAUUUUUACAGAUUUUAGAAGAGCGUUUGACAUAGUAAAUAAUAAUCUUUUGAUAAAUGCGCUUGAAGUCCUUGGUCUCGAGAAUCCACUACUUUCCUGGAUCAACUCUUAUAUUAUAUCUCAAAUGCAAGUCCUAAGGAUUCGUAAUAUAAUAUCUUAGCCUUAGUCAUCUUAGCCAUCUAAUAUUUAUUAUCUUCAUUAACUCAAUUGGUAAGUGCAUAACUAAUGCAGAAUUUCUCCUAUUUGCUGAUGAUAUCAAAAUAUACUUGAGAAUUAUUCUCCAGCGGAUUGCCUUCUACUCCAGGCUGAAUUCGAUAUUUUUUGCUCUUAAGUUAUACCUCUUGGUUUAACUCUUAACCUCGAUAAAUAUAAUACUAUGACAUUUUCGAAGAGCCGCUCUCCUAUAUUUCAUAGUUAUCUCUAUUAUACAAUACUCGUACUUUACUCCAGUGGGUUUAUAGCGGAAAAGACCUUGGAAUCCUCCUUACGCCUACUUUAAACUUUGAACAGCAUAUAACUACUACAGUUGGAAGAGCUCUAAAAGUAUUAGGAUUCAUUAAACGAAAUACGGUGUCUUUUACCUUUCUUAAAUGCCUUCACACCCUCAACUUUUUCUUGGUACGCUCUAUCCUCGAAUACGGGGUAGUUGGCUGGUCUCCUUACCUGGCCAGGGACCAAUUAAGAUUAGAGCGUGUUCAACAUAGGUUCUUGUCCUACGCCACGUAUAUAUUUAAAAUAGACCAUCCUCCUCACGAUUAUUCCCUCAUUCUAAGCACCCUAAAAUACCUCUACUCUCUUCUCGACGUCUGGACGCUGAUUUGGCCUUUAUUACCUCCCUUUUAAAUGGCUCAUUGGAUGUACCUGAUCUGUUGGUCAUGGUUUCUUUUCGCAUCCCAUCAUAUGGUACCAGAAGUCACCAAUUAUUUCACGUCCCCACUCAUUCUACAUCCUAUGGGCACAACCACCCAUUCACAAAAUGCUGCGUUAUGCAAAUAGUGCUAACAUUUAUACUGCCCUAGUUUGAAAGACGUAUCCCCCCACGAGUCACAGAAUGAUAUUAUUUGUAUCCGCCACCUAAAUAAAACAUUAAAUACGCCACAGAACUGCAAAAACUUCUUAAUGAUAGUGGAACAUUAUAUUGUCAUUAUGAGAAAUAAAUAAUUAUCAAAUAUAAAUAAAUAUGAAUAACUAUUAUGACGUACAAUAAACCAUACGAGUGUUUUUUCGAAUUUGUUUAGAGAUUCUUGACUACUUGAUGUAUUUAUCAGAACAUUAUCCCCAUCUGGUGGAAUUGUUGCCGAUCGGAAAAACCACAGAAGGUCGGCCAUUAAAAGUAGUCAAAAUUUCAAGCGGACAAACUAGAGAAAACGUCGUCAAACCGGCCAUCUGGAUUGAUGCAGGUAAUUUUUCAUUCAAACGAGUGUAUAUUAUUUUGUAUUUUUAACCACAUAAAAAUAAUUUAUUGUGACAAUUGCUAAAAAUUAUUAAUAAUCACAGUUAAGAAGUCAGGAAGGAUGCUUUAAUUUCUAUUAAACGUUUUAAUCCACAAUCGGCCAUUCGCCAUUAUUUUACAUAGAAAACAUAUCUGUUUUAAACUUUGGUUUUAUUUAAAACAAUAAUAAUUUGUAUUCCAGAAGAAAAAAAGCCAAUACUGCUCAUAUAGAUAGAUACAUUUUUGGCAGAUAAUUGCACGAAUAUAUGAUAUAUAAUUCUAUGUAGCACAUUAUGUUUUUUCAGUUUUUUUUUUAAUAAAUUUAAAUUUAAAAUAUUGUAAAUUUUUAUGUAAAGAAAAUAAUUAAUAAUUUAAACUUUUUUCUUAACUUACAUGUCUUAAGGUAUUAUUUUCUUCUAGUAAUUUCUGACAUCAUCGAAUUAGGAGUUGUGUAAAUUAAAAACCCAACUUUCAAUUUAAUUUUAUAAGUUAAACAUUUAAAUAACUUGUCUAGCAUUAAAUAUAUGGUGCAAGAUUUUUUUUAGUAUAGUACCUCUCAAAUAUCUAUACGGGGGAGUUUCAGUCUUUCUUUAACCUUCUCAGUAAAUGCUAUUAUUUUAUAAUUACAUAGAGUGAUUACGAAAUUACGAGGAAAAAUCAAAUCAUGUUGAUUUUGGACAAUUUAGCGAAUUUUGAUUUUGAUUUUUUUUUUUUUUAUAUAUAUAUACUUGUAAUAAAACUCAAACGAUACCUAAUAUAUACUUUCAAUGUAUUAUGUAAUAUAGGAAUUCAUGCCAGAGAAUGGAUAUCGCCGGCGGUGGCGUUAUAUAUUUUGAGACAGUUAGUAGAAAACAAAUCAUAUAGGGCAUUAGUUUCGCAAGUCGAUUGGUAUAUUCUGCCGGUGGUAAAUGCCGACGGUUACGAAUACACCCAUACCACGGAUCGGCUGUGGAGGAAAUCCAGAAGAAUGCCGAUCGAAUCGGGAAGGUAAUAAAGUAGGGUGUGUAAACCUAACCUCUACUACAUAUUGUUCAGUAGUAUAAUGUAUGUUUAUUUUACAUUAGUCUUUAUAGUGUAUGUGGUGUGUGUUUUAAGAUUCUGAGCUAACGAACGACACUUUAAUUGUGUUAAUAGCUCGGCAGUCAACCGGUUACUGAAGCGUUAGUACUAAUAGUACUAGUAGACAGAUAUAAGGUAGUCGGUGCGCUUAUAUUUGCACUUUGGACUGCUGCAGAAAUUCAGUUAGCGUAUUUAUUGGACACACUACGUAUCUUCCCAAAUUUCCACCAAUCCCGCCUACAACAGUCAGUGACACCGAAGCAGUAUUAAAAUAUCGGAUGAACUUUACAAAAUAUGUGAUACCAAUCACUACCUACCUAACAAAUUUCACAAACUUGACCCUCCCCUCCCCCGUUGAUAUCCUCUAUUUACUGAAACACCCAUUUUAAAUUCUAAGAGGAGCGAGAAAUAUAUUAGUUUUAAAAUGGUGUUUAUUUUGUUUUUUUUUUUGUGAACAACUUUUCUACCAAAAAUUUUGCUCCAAUUUUCAAGUGUAGCACCUUUUCUGAACGAAAAUUUUAUCUACUUAGUUAUUGGUCAUCUUUUGAUUUUCUCAGGGGUUUCAUAAUUAAUGGAAAAAAACAGGAAAAUUUACGAAAUGUAUUAUUUUCAAAUCCUUAAUAUUACAGUCUUUCAAAACAUGUAUAACCGAACUCCGCUCAAAAUUUUUUUUCGUUAGUAAUUAUUAAUCAUUACGCACAGAUGUAUAUUAAAUUUCCCCUCUACCUUCCCAACUCCUCGCCUACAAUAGUGGUCCACCCAUCAUGCAAAGUAUGUCCGUUUGUUUUUAUAUAAUUCUUUACAAUGUAUUUAAAUACCAAAACAUUUUUUUUUAUUUUUCCCGUGUGGUUUAUCGAUGGUCAUAGACCAACUAUGUCAAUCAUAUUAUAAUGUUAUAAUAUUAUAUUAUUCAUACUGUCCAGACGUACCGUGUAUACAGUUAUUUCUAUAUAAAUCCUUAUAUUCUAAAAGAGCUAAUUGAAUUCAUUGAUUAUUAUGAAACAAUAAUAUAUUCUUAAAAAAUAUAUCAUAGUAUUAGUUGCAACCACCAAGUUGGCUACUACCACUAUCAACCACCAUCAUCCCAAAAAUAUUUAUACUUAUAUCCCUUGUUAGGCGCCACUGACAACAGUGGUCUAUCCAUCUAUCCUGUGCGAGAAUAGUAGCGAUGAUAACAAAACACCCUCGAUGUUUUGCUGUUUUUUUUCCGCCUCCCGCCAUCCCCCAUUGAUAAAUCUUGGUUUCGGCACUGACACUGUUGUUAUAAUAUGAAUUAUUAUUAUUAUAGAACUCUAUGGGGUGGUAUGUCAUACGGUUGCGAAGGUGUCGAUCUAAACAGAAAUUGGGACUGGCAUUGGGGUUCCGUCGGUGCUAGUCAAGACCCGUGUGACGAUACUUUUGCCGGAUCGCACGCAUUUUCCGAACCUGAAACGAGAGCAGUAUCGGAUUUUAUAUUGGACCACAGGGAUAGAAUACAAGUAAGUAAUUUUCCAGAGAUAUCACAUAAUAUGGUUUCAAGGUAUUUUAACCCCUCAAACAUAUAGGCGCAACUAGGAGGGUGCUAGGAGGUCUUUAGCACCCCAAGUUUAAAAUAAAAAUUCCCUAAAAAAACUCAGUCAGGUUUUUCAUAAUAACGACUAAAUAUUUUAUCCAUAAUACAUUUCACAAUUAAUAAGGAGAACAAAAUAUAAGUUUCCUACAGACAAUGCAUGUGUGUAUAAAAAAUAAUGUUAAAAUAGUUAUGACAAAUUUGUAUACACAAAAUUGUAAAUGAAAGGUGUAUACUUGACUAUUGUCAAAGCCGUAUAAAGAGAACUGGGUGAGCAUAACUCAUCUUUGAUGUGUUCAUAAUUUUAGCACCUCCAAAUUUUAUAGUCUAGUUGCACCUAUGCCCAUACGACGUGGUCAAUCGGUACCUACAAUAAUAUUAUUGUUAAACCGUUUUAUUAGGGCAAGAACGUAUACUAUAAUAUAAUAGUCUUAAUAUAUAGAAAUAUAAUUUUCGUAGUUUUUUUUUUUUUUUUGUGAUAUAAACAAACAAAAAUUAUUAUUAUUUUCAAAUCUCGAAAUGUUGUUUGUCAAUUUCGAAUAUAACAUUUUUCGUAGAAGUGAUAUCGAAAAAAUAGAAAGUUGUUAGAAGCAAUCUAUGCUUUUUGCGUAAUAAUGAAAUUUCGGUUUCUUAAUAACUUAUCCUCAGUCAGUAUACAAGUGAUAAUUUUAAUGCACGAUUUCAGUUAUAUUUGACUUUACAUUCUUACUCGCAAAUGUGGCUAGUACCAUGGAGUCACACGAAAAAACGCGCUGACGAUUAUGACGAUAUGAUGUACUUAGCAAGGCAAGCAACGGAAGCUAUUCAAAAAGUACAUGGAUCUCAGUACCAACUCGGCACAUCUCCGUCACUACUUUACGCUACUUCAGGUACUUAACUAAAUUAUAUUAGAUGAAACAUCCAUCAUGAAUACAUUAGAACAACAAAUAAAAUCGAAAAACUGAUAAAUAUAUUCACCGCCAAAUUAUAUUUGAUUCAAUAGGUAAGAAAUGAUCGCAUAAAAUUCGAAAAUUUUCACCGAAUGUUAACGUUUUCUAAAAGUGGUAUAAUUUCCAAAAUAUUUUGUCGGUUUUCGAGUUAUUAGGUAGCCAAGUAGGUACUUUUGGUUUCGGUUAAUCGACAUUUUUUAGCCUCGUGUUAAAUGUCCAAAAGUUCAAUACUCGAUUUAUCAGUGGUUUAUACUGAUAAAAAACAAAAAUUGAUUAGUUUAAGGUAUGCAACAUUUUAGAUUCUGAGCAUAGCGAUGUACCGGGCUUAGGCGGGGCCAGGCCAUAAGAAAAAUAUUUCGGGUUGAUUAUGGGUGGAUCAGUGACAUAAAAUAAACAAAAUUUUAUAUUUUUUUUCACUCUCUGACCACUGUCAGUAAUCUUUGUCAACAGUACUGAAAAAUUGCAAACAAGCCUGAUCAGAUUUGGCUUUAAAUAAUAAUGUAUGGACCGAGCCAAAAAAAAAAACGCCCGUGCUGAUAUCUAUAGUAAGUAAGUACCUUAAUGGCUCUUUUAUUUUUUUUUUUAAGGAGGAUCCGACGAUUGGGCCAAAGGGAAAGCCGGAAUAAAAUACAGCUACACGAUCGAACUUCCAGACAAAGGAAUAUACGGUUUUAUGUUGCCGGCCGAUAAGAUCGUGCCGACGGGGAAAGAAUUAUUCACAGGCAUCAAAUCCAUAGUCAAAUCGAUAGUGAAAAUCAACAGUGCGAUGACGAAUAAGACCAAUAAUAUUUCGAUUGAAUGAUUGUAGGUUAUACCUAUUGUAAUGUACAUGUUUUGUUCCUUUGUGUCAACGUGAAACCGAACGAAUAAGAGUAGACUUUCGAUUACGUUUAUAAAGUGUUAAAAACACUAUCGUAUUCGCCAAAUAUUGUAACUUCAUUUAUUUUGAUUAUGUGUAUUGUUCAUGUUCUGUGUAUUUGUGUAAUUAUAAUUUAUGUAG